UUCUCAUAUUUCCUGGUUCAAACCACCGUUUUUUUUCUUUUUUUUUUUUUUGCUGGGCCGAGUUCCUGCGACCCAAUCUGAAACUGCUGCUUGCAGCUGUUGGACAAGUUCCCUUCAAAAACAGCUUUUAAUGAAUAUAUUUUUCCCAACAACCCCUCCUUUUAAGGUUAAACUCUCGUAAAUACGUUCACGGACCGCUUUUGCAGUGCGCAGCAGAAUGGACAAAGUUGAAGUGUUGACUCGAAUCUUGAAGUCGGACAACACUUCGACCAUUCUCGGCGGACAGUCUCCAGGGAGCGUCAUUAACAGCCGGAAGUACGUACCUGUCACGGCUAGAGCCCAGGGGGAUGAGCAGCGCUCCCUAGACGAUGCCAUCCGGGCGGCUCUGUGCGGUGAGACCAGAGCUGCUGUGGUGGUUGGUUCCGAAGGAUCGGGUAAAACCACUGCUCUGCACAAGCUUGUAGCGGACUGGGCUAAAGGGGAGUGCCUUCAAAACUUCUCAUAUGUUUUCAACUUCCAGCUCAGAGAAUUUGGCUCUUCUGCAGAUGAACUCAGUUUGGAAACUUUAAUCCAUCAGGGUCACCACCAAACCCCCCCAGACUUCACCCGCCUGGUUACGGAGAAGCCUGACGGCGUGCUGUUUGUGUUCGACGGUCUGGAUGAGUACAAGCACAGCCUGGACCCCUCGGUCCACACCCUGACCUCUGACCUGACCCGGCCGGCCUCCGGGUCCAGUUUAUUGGCCAGCCUGCUCCACGGGUCCCUGCUGAAAGGAGCUGCCUUUCUGGUUGCAACCAGGCCCACAGAUAACGUGAGGUUUCUCCGCGGCACUCGGGUGGAGGUGUUGGGCUUUCAGAAGCCGCAAAGAGAGGCCUACUUUAACAACUUCUUUACGGACAGCGCUGCGGCCAACAGGGCGUUUCUGCACAUGGAACGGACCCUGGGCUUUUAUGAGUUCUGCGCUUCUCCUAGGUUUUGCUGGACAGUCUGCUCUGUAUACAAGUGGCUCCUGGAUUCGGAUGCCAAACUUCCCGAGACGCUGUCUCAGCUGUUUGCAGACACUCUGGUCCACCUGAUUCAGACUCUCUCACUGAACAAAGCCUGCAGCAGAGGGUUAGUGCUGGCUCUCGGCAGAGUGGCUUCUCACUGCCUCCGCGGCCAACAUCCGAGCUGUCCCAAACACGCCGUCGAUGCCUUUGGUUUGCAGCAGUUUCCCACCUCUGUGGAUAGUUUCUUGAGAGAACACGGCGAAGAGGAGCUCUCCUUCCGCUCCCAUCUGAUGCGAGAGUUUGUUUUGGCCGUGGCGUUCUUCUUGGACGCGUCGGCCUACGAAGACGCGGAGAAGACGCUGAAUGCUCACAAAGCCGGUGCAAAGUUGUUGGAUCUCUUUAUGUCGGGGCUCUCUGAGCCGGCCCAGUACAGGUCGUUGGAGGACUCGCUGGGGACGUUCAGCUCUGGGCAGAUUAAAGCUUUUAAAAGCUGGUUUAGAGGGCGCUCAGAGAAAGCGCUGAAGGACUACAACCGAUCUGAGCACUACAGAUGCUUCCAUUUGCUGCAUCAAGCCCAGAAUGAGAGUUUGGUAAAGGAGAUCCUCACGCCGCCCGCACACCCGUCCAUCUUUCAUCAGAACCUUAGCCUCCAGGACUGCGCAGCUCUGAAUUUUGUCAUCACGUGUCUGGGGGAAAGGGAAAAACUGAGCGUGUCCAGAACAACAAUUUCAAGAGAGACAAUGGAGAUCUUGGCUCCAUCUGUGAGUCUGUCGCACACAGUGAUCUUUUCGCACUGCUGCAUUCACAAAGAAGCUCUUCCUCUGCUGGCGUCAGCUGUCAGCACGGGCGUCACCGGGGAUCUGGAUCUCUCACACUCCAGCAUCAGAGAUGAAAAGUUACAAAUUCUCUGCGCGGGACUAAGAGAGAGCAAGCUGCACAGUCUAAACCUCAAUGUCUGCGGACUGACUGCGGCCUGCUGCGGCGACCUGGUUUCGGUGCUGACCUCGGAGACCUCCCAACUCCGAAUUUUACAAAUGAUGUUCAACGAGAUCGGCGAUCUGGGCUUCACGAAACUGUGUGAAGCGAUGCAUAGUCCCAACUGCAGACUGCAGGAGCUUCAGGUUAAAAAUUGUGAUCUGACCGCGGCAUCCAUGGAGGCCUUUGCUGCAGGGUUGUGCUCUGGCGAAACACAGCUGAGAAAAAUAGACUUUGAGGGAAACGCGAUUGGUGACAGUGGAGUGCAAGCUUUGUGCAAAGCCCUGCAGCAGCCGCUUUGUAAGCUGCGUAGCCUCAGAUUGUUCGAUAAUGGUUUAACAGGGGCAUGCUGCUCCGAUUUGAAGGAGGUCUUCAUGUCCGAACACUGCUCCCUGUCAGAGCUUGAGCUGUCAUUGAAUGAGUUGGGGCAGGAGGGGGCGCUGCUGCUUUGCCAAGGCCUGAAAAGACCCAGCUGUCCCAUUGAAACCCUCGGAUUGACGCGAUGCGAGUUAACCCCAGCAGUCUUCGAGGAACUGGCCUCGGUACUGAAAAACGGGACGUGUCGAAUCAAGUCUCUGCACUUGGCUAUCAAUAAAGUGGGAGACCAAGGGGUUAAACCUCUCUGGGAUGCUGUUGCACAUCCGAGCUGCUUGUUGGAGGAACUGAACGUGGAAAUGACUAAAUUGACGGAUGCCUGUGUUGAAGACCUGUGCGCUGCUCUUAGAGCCAAUAACACCCUGAGAUUCCUGGAGCUGAGAAACAACUCUCUUACGGAUGCGGCUGUCCCUGCGAUUGUCCAAGUUAUGAAGGAAAAACACAACAUGGAGGAGUUAAACCUGAAGUAUAAUGACUUCAGCGAAGAUGUUUUUGAAAUGUUGGAGGAAUGUCAUAACAUAAGAUACUGAGAAGUAAGGAUACGAAGCACCAGCCAUCAUUGGAGGCUGCACCUCAUAACCAGGAGGAUUCUGGUUCUACAAGCACCGUGGAAGAAAAUACACCAACACAUAUGAUGCCAUGUACCAAGAUAAUGUUGGUACCUGAGCGGGACCUGCACAAUGUACCUUAAACUGUGUUCUAAUAAAUAAAAAAAAGUGUACUGGGA